AUGCAUUGCCCGAGCGUACACAUUGCUGAUACAGUUGUGCAGUGCGACCAGACCUACCCUGCUUGUCAAAGAUGUCUGAGCAGAGGCGAGACUUGCCCUGGUGUCGCGGCCACGGCGGACGCAAUGUUUCGUCACCAAGUAGCAAACCCCUCAGACAAGUCUGCUGCCAAAAGAUCAACGAGCAAACAUGAGCCCGCAACUCCGGCUUCGAGUCCUUCACAGGAAAUCACGAUUAUCCCGAGACCUGAUUUGGAGUCUAAAAUAAGAGAGCAUCAGAAACCACCAGCAGCGUUCGCGGGUAAGAUAGACGACUUGGUCGAGCCCCCUGAUCUGCCACAAACUCUACAUCCAAGUCUUGAGAAUGUCGCCGAGUUCCACUUCUUUAGCAAGAUCGUCACUUCGAUUGGAUGGCUUUCGUACAUUCCGGAUGUGUAUAGCUCAUCGCCUGAACAAAGCCCUCUACGAAAGCUGGUAGGAGCAGCAUCGCUUUCUGUGCUCGCGAAGCAGAGAAAAGACGCGUCCCUCUUUGUGACCGCGAGAAAUGCGAAUGGCAUGGCUCUCAGAGCUCUCCACAAUGCGAUAGGAGACCAAGGACAAUACCUGCAAGAUGACGUGCUCUUUGCCGUCGGCCUUUGUAGGAUCACUUGUAUCCUGCAAGGUGACCCGGGAACGACAGCAAGAACACAUUCUGUGGGCCUGCAAAAACUCUUACAACAGCGAUUGCGAAUCUCUGACUCUUCCGAGCCCACAGAUGCAAUUCUCGAGUUGAUCCGAAGCGCCAAGGCAGAGCUUCCUAUCCUGCUGCUUCACAAUACACGCGACGACAUAGCGUUGCAAGGCGAUUCAGACGACGACUCUUUCUGGGACUGCUCGGGCAUCUGUCAAUGCGAGAAGCGAAUAGCGCUCCUGUGCUCUGAUGUGGGCGACGUUCUCCGCAAGUUUCACUCCACCGCACAGCCGGCUCAUUUCGAUGUCUGCACCACGCUCACGCAGGCUCUGGAUCUGGAUGCCAGACUAGUAUCGUGGACUGGUGGAUUGGCUCCUAUUGCUUGGUCUCAGCACCUCGAACACGCUAUACGCUCUGGGCUGUGGCCAAGCAGACCAGGAUACUUCUCCGACAUGCAAGUUGCCACAUUCUGGACUCAUCUACAAGCAGCACGUAUUUUACUCUUGGAAUGCAUCGUCAGCAUGGCGGUCGAGCUGAUCAGACAAGGGGAGAGCUACAACUAUGCGAAGCUCGAUGUUGAUGGAAUCCUCAGCAAGGCUAUCACAACCAUAGAUGUGAUGGCCUAUUGGAUCUGCUUCUGUAUUCCGGUGCAUCUUUACAGCGUUGGCAAGGAGGAGGAGCUGAUGUUGGACUCCCCAAACGGCGUAGCAGGGGCAGCCGGCAUUGUCUGGCCUCUACAAGUAGUUCUGAGUAGCGUGAGCGCCAAAGAUCAGUAUAAAGACCAGGCUCGAGAAACGCUGGAGAAGCUGAGAGUGGAGUAUGGAAUUGGCCAGGCCAGGACUACUCUGGAGAACUGCCAUCAUCUUGGACACUGGUCAACCUUACCUUGA